AUGUCGGAGCGUACGGUAUCGUGUACGAGGAAGACGACAACCGAACGUUACGAUUUCGGUGAUCUCGUCUAUAGAUUCACAAUCGAAAAUGACGGCUCUUACGUUGUUAUCUUGAAGUUUUCCGAAGUCUACUUCGAAUCGCCAGGACUGAAGGUGUUCGACGUCCACUUGAACAACAUUCUUGUGAAGGACAAAUUCGACAUCUUUUUCGAAACGAAUGCUGCUGGUUUGGCCUUCGAUAUGUAUAUCGAUUUCUCGAUUAAGGACAAACAACUGAAGAUCGGCGACGUAGCCGGGUACAUCGACCGUGAAUUACAAAUACGACUUACACCGGUGGUCGAUAAUCCGAAAAUUAAUGCGAUAGCGGUUCUGUCAGGCACGUCAGAAACACUUCCGCCACCACCAGGGCUUUCUCCAUCGCAAUCCAGACGUCAUUCACGCCGUCCUUCCGAUGAUGACUAUGACGACCUGAUCUACGACACUGACUACGAUCAUCAAACUUUCAGUGGUCUCAGUUCAGAGCAUGAAUUCGCGAGUGGACCACCAACUCCAAACCCUUUCGAAGUGAAGGUAAGUGGUUCCAAUGGUCUCCACUCCGACUUGUAUAGACGUGAAACAGUGCUGUGA